CCGCGGGUCCGGCGUGCGAGGCCGGAGGCCGCCCUGCCAGGCUGGAGGGUGGUUGUGCGUCGGGCAGCGGCCGCAGAGGCGGGGCCGAGGGUGGCGCGGGGCGCGCGCUUUUCCCGGGUGCCCGGGUAGCUGCGGCCGCAGCAGCGGCGGCGGGCAUGGCAGAGGCGCGAUCCCAGCCCUUGGCGGGGCCGCAGCUCAACGCGCUACCGGACCACUCGCCGUUGCUGCAGCCGGGCCUGGCGGCGCUGCGGCGCCGGGCCCGGGAAGCUGGCGUCCCGCUCGCGCCGCUGCCGCUCACCGACUCCUUCUUGCUGCGGUUCCUGCGCGCCCGGGAUUUCGAUCUGGACCUGGCCUGGCGGUUACUAAAAAACUAUUAUAAGUGGAGAGCAGAAUGUCCAGAAAUAAGUGCAGAUCUACAUCCUAGAAGUAUUAUUGGCCUCCUAAAGGCUGGCUACCAUGGAGUCCUGAGAUCCAGGGAUCCCACUGGCAGCAAAGUUCUUAUUUACAGAAUCGAGUCUUGUUCUGUUGCCCAGGCUGGAGAGCAGUGGGCCAUCUCGACUCACUACAACCUCUGCCUCCCGAGUUCAAGCGAUUCUCCUGCCUCAGCUUCCCAAGUAGCUGGGACUACAGCACACUGGGACCCCAAAGUUUUUACAGCUUAUGACGUAUUUCGAGUAAGUCUAAUCACAUCCGAGCUUAUUGUACAGGAGGUAGAAACUCAGCGGAAUGGAAUCAAGGCUAUCUUUGAUCUGGAAGGUUGGCAGUUUUCUCAUGCUUUUCAAAUCACUCCAUCUGUAGCCAAGAAGAUUGCUGCUGUACUUACGGAUUCAUUUCCAUUGAAAGUUCGUGGCAUCCAUUUGAUAAAUGAACCAGUAAUUUUCCAUGCUGUCUUUUCCAUGAUCAAACCAUUCCUGACUGAAAAAAUUAAGCAACGGAUUCAUAUGCAUGGGAACAACUACAAACAAAGCUUGCUUCAGCAUUUCCCAGACAUUCUUCCUCUGGAAUAUGGUGGUGAAGAAUUCUCCAUGGAGGACAUUUGUCAGGAAUGGACAAAUUUUAUAAUGAAGUCUGAAGAUUAUCUCAGCAGCAUUUCUGAGAGCAUUCAAUGAGAAGUUAUGUCAUGUGAAUGGCUUCCUAACUAAAAAUACAUGAGUGAUAGCCAACCUGGUUAAAUGAAUGAAAGAAAAGGAGCAAAUCUUUUAAACUAAUGCUUGCCUAAACUUUAAAAAUGUAGAAAUCUUCUGACAUGAGCAACACAGGUGUUUGGAAAGAUUUUUUACUUUUUAAAUGCUUUUUUCUCUACUUUUGAAGUAAUUAAAUGUCAGUACAUUUUAAGAGCAUAAAAAUCGGCAAUUUUGUACUUGAAGAGAACAUGAAAGUUAUUGCUAAAGUAGCUGCUCAUGUGCAUCUUUUAUGUUUCUAGAAAGUUAUAUUUUAAACAAGUUCUCUGAUUAAAUUGGUUUAGAAAAAAAUUUAGAAAUAUUCCACUUAAAAAUACUAGCACAAGUCAGCUAAUGAUAAAAAAAUUAACACUUGUUUUAAGUGGAUGUCAGAUUAAAUUAUAAUUCAUUAUAAUUAAAAUCUGAAUAGAGUUUUAUAGUUAUUCCUGUGGACCAGCAAGACAUUUCAUCUCAGGGAAAUUUUAUUUUAGUAUAUUAACACGAUAGAAACUUUUUUUUUUUUUCAGACAGAGUCUUGCUCUGUCGCCCAGGCUAGAGUGCAGUAGUGAGAUCUCAGCUCACUGCAACCUCUGCUAGGAUUACAUGUGCACACCACCACUCCUGGCUAAGUUUUGUAUUUUAUAUAGAGAUGGGGUUUUGCCAUGUUGGCCAAGCUGGUCUCAAACUCCUGAACUCAAGUAAUUUGCCUGCUUCGGCCUCCCAGAGUCCUGGGAUUACAGUCGUGAGCCAUCGCGCCUGGCCGUGAUAGAAACUUUCAGCUGAGGAGUCUAUAUGCCAUACUACUCUAUGUGGCAUCUUUAGGUCUCUGUGAAAUCAUGUUGAUGUAAUUGAUUAACAAAAAUAAUUUAGAAAAUACAUCAGGCACAGUUGAUGGCUUCUCAAUAUCUGCUUUGCAUUUUUAAACAAAUCAAGAUUGUAAUUUUAACUUUUGCUUAUGGUCAUUCUUAUGACUACAUGGAAAGGGAUGGAAUCAUACUUACUUGUCUUAUACAUGUACUGUUUUUAGUUAACAAUAACAUAACUACACAAAGGAAAGGAAAUGUUUACAUUUUAAAAAAUUACUGUCAAUUACACCUGGUAUUUUUCAGAUUAUGCAUAAAAUAAUAUGAGUUUGACUAUUGUAUCAGAAUAUUUUAAUCAAAUCCUGCAAUUUAUAUUAACUUAAAAAAACAUCUGGUAAAGACUGGGUGUGGCAGCUCACACCUGUAAUCCCAGCACUUUGGGAGGCCGAGGCUGGAUGGAUGAUUGCUUGAGCGCAGGAGUUCUAGACCAGCCUGGGCAACACAGGGAGACCCUGUCUCUAUUUCAAAAAUAAAUAAAUAGGCCCCAGUGUGUGAUGUUCCCCUUCCUGUGUCCAUGUGUUCUCAAAAAAAAUUAAAAAAUAAAAAUAAAAAUAAAUAAAUAAAUAA